AGUUAAGUCAUAUCAAUAUUGAACAUCUAAGGUAUAACACCAUCCGUCUCAUCUUGAAACGACAAGAUUUAACAAUUAUUAGCGUUCAAGUAUAAGUGAAAUAAAUUUAUUUUUUAUAAGUAACCAACCGAUUCAACAAUCAUCAUCUCAGACAAAAUGGUCAUCAAAACAGUGGCUAUCGCGGCCAUUCUGGUAUUAUCAGUUCUAGCUGAAGAGCAACCGAAAUGGGGUGGAAAUUUCGAACCAUCGAAUGCAGACUAUCUCUCAUUGGAAUCGAAUGAUCCAAUCGGCCAAGGAUCGACAGCAUCAAAUGACACAUCCAAUGGAAACGAACUGGAGAAAGUCAUUGACACGAUUUUAAUUUCUGGACGACAAGGUCGAAAUUUAGAUGGAUUCGAUGAAGUGUACAGUGAUCCGAGUGUACAAGAAGUGUUGCAAAAGGGUGAUGAUCGUCAAGCAAGAAAUGUUAUUAAAGACAAAUUGUGCAGUUUAGGACUGAUGGAUUGUGAAAAUGAACAAAUUGAAGGUAAACGACCAUUCUUACCGCCUGGUGAGUUGAUUUAUUCGCAACCACCGCCUGGCUAUCGAAAACCGAAUGGUCCACCAAAUCACUACGGUCAACCAAAACCGCUACCUCCACCGAAUAACAAUGGAAAUAAUUUCGGACCUCCACGUAAAGUCGGAUACGCUUACUCGCCGCAACAAACAUUCCAAACAACUCAAUCUUUCCCAGGACCAGUCUAUCAUUCCAAACCACCAGGACCAAUUUAUGUUGAAUCUAAACCACCAGGUCCUUUCUACGAGGGACCGAAUCCACCCGGUCCAAUUUUCCAAGGAGGAAAACCACAAAUCUAUGAAGGCCCCAAACCACCAGGCCCAAUCUAUUCCGGCGACGGAAGCUCUCCGUACAAAUUCGAAAAUGUCGUUGAAAAUUAUCAUCACUCGCAUGGAAAAUACGAAGUAGCCAACGAAUUUCAAGGUCAAGCGAAACCCACAAUCGUAGUUAACGCUCAAGGUGGAGCUGCUACAACAUCUGGACAAUCAGCUGCUGCCAGUACAUUGAACAUUCAUCAUCACUAUCAUCACAUUGACGAAGGAGCAUCAAAAACUCCAGUUGUUGUCAACAAUCAAAUUCCAGUACCAGCACCUCAAUUAGUUUCUGGCAAUGGCAUCGGAUCAUCAGCUGAAUUUUCAUCAAACAGCGGUGGAUUUAGUCCCCUGUCCUCUGGAUACGAAUACAAUAAAUACAAACAAGAAAAUUCGUACUCUGGCAACCAAUUCGGUUCUGUUAACUCAGGACUAGGGCCGGUAAAUGGAUUAUCUGGAAAUGGUGUAUAUGGCGGUGGUGUCAAGCCCGUUUUUGAGCAAAGUAACAGCAUUGGUCAAACCGGAUUCGGGUCUUUUGAUAGUGGUAGUUCCUUCGGUGGAAAUACACAAUUCGGCCAUUCAGCUAGUGGAAGCUAUGGUGGUAAUGGAGGAUCGAACACUCAAUAUGGCCAGUCUACAUCUGGGGUUUAUAAUGGGAAUAGCGGCAGCUACCACAGCAACAAUCCAGGAUACUAUAAGAAAGCUCUAAACACAAACGGAGGUGCCAAUUCACUCAGUUACUCGCAAUCGGGAUACAAGCAACAAUAUGCUGGCCAAUUCGGUUCAUCUGGAAACGGUGACAAUUAUCAAGGAUUUGAAUCGAACCGACAGGACAACUUCGAUUGCUUUUGUGUUCCGUACGAUCAAUGUCCAUCGACUGACAUCAUUGGCAGAAAGGAUGAUCUAAUUUUACCAUUGGAUCCUCGUCAUUUAAGAACUGAUAUUGAGGCUGUUGAUGAAGAAACUGUUACUAUCACCGACGGUAAUGGAACCAUGACUGUAGUACGCGUGCCGAAAGAUACUGUCGAUAACAAAAAUUCAACAAAUACAAACACAACUACUGACGAAGUAAAGAAAAUUUCCAAACGAGAUGUUUCGGAAAAGAAGGAUGAUGCUCAGGAGAAAGCUGAUGGUGAAGCUCGUCUUCUUGGAUUAGGUGGAAUCAGCGGCGGUGGAUAUGGAGGUGGAUACGGCGGAAUUGGCGGUAAGAAAGUUGCUCCAACAUUCGGAGUCUCUUUCGGACUUCCAUAUCCGACUGGCGGUUAUCCUUUGAAUCCAUACGGAGGCUAUCCAGCUCAAAAUCCGUAUUUCGGUUCGAUCAGCCCGAAUGGAUUGAAUCUUGGAUUAGUAAAUGUUAAUCCAUUGGUUUCAUUUCAAUUGUCGAAAAACGAACAUGGCGAAAAAUUGUUCAAACCGUUGGUGAAUUUACACGUCACGCCCAACGAACAAUUGAUACAUAAAGUUGGGGAUUUGUUUAAGGCGAAAAAAUUCGGAGUACAACAAGCUUUGUACAAUCAACAUUAUCAUACCCAUACCCACUAUCCAAGUCCACCAGAAAUAUAUCAUCCACAUCAUCAUCCUGCACCACACUAUUACGAUGGACCUGAUUUCUAUCCAUCCGGUCCUAAUUACGGACCAAGUAAUUUCGGUGGUCAUGGUGGUGGUGGCGGCGGUGGAUAUGGUUUCUCUGGCUAUCAAGGCAUUUAUCGCGAUAGCUCUAACGGCGAUGCUAGUGCCGGCCAAAGUGGAUAUGACGGUUAUAGCACCGGAUCUGGUGUCGAUUCAUAUAACAACAACAAUUACAAUGACAACAAUAAUUACAACGGAAAUUACUAUAACAAUGACUAUUACAGUCGUAGUGCGAAUGUUAGUAUAGACGCUCAACCUGAGCUACCAGCAUUCAAUUAUCAGAACGUUUACCCCCAAAAUCAACAACUCGAAACGAAACAAUUACCCAACAAUUAUGCAAAUAAUUUCGGUAACUACGCUGCGAACCCAUCAAAGGAUAACCAAAACGCCGCCAAAUCCGUUUCAUUCCCAACCAAACGUCGCAGACGAAGUGCCGAUUCCGAAUCUGGUAACGACGAGAUCCUUGCUGAAACCGAUGACAAAAUUGAUGCACAAAAAAGUGUUGAGACUGACGGUAGAUCGAAUUCGGUGGACAAGCGCCAAGCUUUCUAUCAACAACGACCACAGCAAUGUGGCCCAGCACAAGUGUGUUGCCGUCGACCAGCUCGUCAACAAAAACAAAACUUUGGUCAAUGUGGUCGCCGCAAUACCCAAGGCAUUACUGGACGAAUCAAGAAUCCCGUUUAUGUGGAUGGCGAUAGUGAAUUCGGUGAAUAUCCAUGGCAAGUGGCCAUUUUAAAGAAAGAUCCAAAGGAAUCGGUCUAUGUAUGCGGUGGAACUCUGAUUGAUCAUCAACACAUACUAACAGCUGCUCACUGCGUUAAAACCUACACAGGCCAUGAUCUUCGCAUUCGACUUGGUGAAUGGGAUGUUAAUCACGACGUUGAAUUUUUCCCUUACAUUGAACGUGAUGUUACCCAUGUGAUCGUUCAUCCCGAGUAUUAUGCGGGUACCUUAGACAACGAUUUGGCCAUAUUACGAUUGAAUGUUCCAGUUGAUUUCGCCAAUGCUCCUCACAUCAGUCCCGCUUGUUUACCUGACAAAUUUAGUGAUUACACUGGACAACGAUGCUGGACAACUGGAUGGGGAAAAGAUGCUUUCGGCGAUUUUGGCAAAUACCAAAACAUAUUGAAAGAAGUUGAUGUGCCAAUUAUCAAUCAACAACAAUGCCAACAGCAAUUAAGAAACACCCGAUUGGGCUACAGCUAUAAACUGAAUCCUGGAUUCAUUUGCGCCGGAGGUGAAGAGGGAAAAGAUGCAUGUAAGGGUGAUGGCGGUGGACCGAUGGUCUGCGAACGAAAUGGUUCCUGGCAAUUGGUUGGUGUUGUCAGUUGGGGUAUUGGCUGUGGUCAAGUGAAUGUACCAGGCGUCUAUGUUAGAGUAUCACACUAUUUGGACUGGAUUCAACACGUAACGAGAGGAUUUUAAGGCGUGCGGUCGUUUUGAAUUGUAAGAUAACGUGUGAAUUUUGAAGAAAGCAAAAUAGUGGUACAGUCAGUGAUCCUUUAAGUAAAUUAUUUUAAUGUUUAAGUAUAAGACGUUUCGAUGUGGAGUUCAGUGAAAUUAAUUUAUUUUUUUCUAUUUAAGAAUUUUUCUCAAACGAAAGAAAAUUGUAACAAAUUGAAACGAUUUAAAAUAACUAACUUUAGAUAUUGAGCGCGUUGUUUCAAUGUCUAAAGAUCAAAGAGUAAUGCAUUAGCAUAAUAAAAUUUGAUUCGAAUUGAAA